AUGAGCAAUGAGUACGAGCCGCUAGAAAUCAUCGGCAAGGGAUCCUACGGCACCGUGCGCAAGGUGCAGCACCGUCAAACGCGCUCGAUAUGCGUGCGCAAGGAAAUCGAAUACAAGCAGAUGAACAACCACGAGAGGAACCAGAUUAUCUCGGAGCUUCGGAUCCUCAAGGAACUCAAAAACAAGCACAUUGUGCGAUAUUUCAAACACGAGCACGUCUCAUCGCAAAAGUCCAUCCACAUAUACAUGGAAUACUGUCUGGGGGGAGACUUGGCCAAGUACAUUCGACAAUACAAGAGCACCAGCACGCAGGUGCCCGAGGAGUUCAUAUGGCAAGUGUUAGUGCAGAUGCUUAAUGCGCUCUAUCGAUGCCAUUAUGGCUGCGACGUCGACAAGGUCAACUUGUUCAAGAGCUCGCCCACAACGCCCCAGAUCAACUCCGACUCCGUAAUCAUCCAUCGAGAUAUCAAGCCCGAUAACAUCUUCAUCGAGAACGACGUGUUGAAGCUCGGAGAUUUCGGGUUGGCUAAGAUGCUCACUACGCAGAACGACUUUGCCAAGACCUACGUGGGCACCCCUUAUUACAUGUCGCCCGAGGUGUUGAUGGAUGAGCCCUAUCUGCCCGUAUGCGACAUUUGGAGCUUAGGGUGCGUCUUGUACGAGAUGUGUCAAUUGAGCCCCCCGUUCCAAGCCAAGACGCAUCUCCAGCUCCAGUCCAAGAUCAAGCGCGGGGUCAUCCCCAAUUUGCCCGAACUGUACUCGUUGCAAUUGAGAUCAAUUAUUAAGGAGUGCAUCACCGUCGACCCCAAGCUGCGCCCGCUGUGCUACGAUCUCAUCAAUUCACUAAGUAUAAAGUUCCUACGCAAGGAGAUGGAGUUGAAUGAAUAUAAUCGAAACCUAACGCAGCUCAAGAUGGAGCUUAUCAACAAGCACGAGGAGUUGAAGAAAAAGGAACAGUUUCUAGCUUCGCUCGACGCGGAAGUGAAACAACGGGAAACGUACUGCCAAGUACAAGAAUCGAAAUUCAAAGAAAAGGAAAUCAGUUUGACCAAGUUGGAAAACAGCAUGAUUGGAGAGUUUAAUUUGAAAAAGCAAGCGUUGGAUUUAGAAGCUAAGGAGGUGCGAUUAAACUACCAGAAGGAGUUUUGGAGUGUGGUGGAGAAAGCAGUGGACAAGGAAGUCGCUGAACGGAUGAAGCUGAGGCCUCGUGGUCCGCAACACUUGAACGAUUUGGCCGCUGACAAUGGCUCAAAUAUCUUGAGGACAAAGAACUUGAAUUUAUAUGCAGAGUCACCCACGCCUAUUUCGCCUCAGUUCAACGCAGGGCACAAGUUUAGAGUCACUGACGAAUACGAGCGCACCAGAAACGCCGAGGUGAGGAAAUACCGUGUGAAUUGA